AUGAGAAAGGCGAUAUUAACCUGGAAGAGAGAAAGAAGCUAUCGUCAUAGACUUUCGGAAGCGAAAACAGCAUUACGAUUUAAUGAACAGGAUUUGAAUGAUCGAAUGGAAGAAAUGGUGGACUUGGAAAGAUCUUAG